AUGCAGCCCUCUUCACUCCUCCUUUUCGCUGCGCACGCAAUCUCGGUCUUCGCUGCCGGCGCCGACCGUCCAGCUACGGCCGAUGAGAUCUGGACUGUUCUCGGAGAGCUGAACCGAGAAGCCCAAUUCAGCCCCAUCAUCGCCCGCUCCAACUUUGGUGCCCGCGCAUGCACCUACGGCGGAUGGAACGAGUGCGUCAAGGCAGAGGGCUGGUCUUGCGUGAUGGAUUGCGCUUCUGAGAGCCAGAGGUCAUAUGGGUGUAUAUCGAAAUGCUCCGAGAGACCACUCGAGGUUUGCCCGAAACUAGGCUGUUAA